AUGGGGCGCGUUUGGCCGCGUUUCCUUCGCUGGCGAACGGACAGUAUCAUCAAAUUUGAAAAAAUCGACUUAGACAAAGUCAUUUGCUUGGUUUAUCUUGCAUCAUUCAAUCCAAUGUUUUUAUCAGGUUAGAUUUUUAUUUUCAAAAAUAUUUUUCAAUUCAAUAAUUUGAAAAUUUCAUAGAAAACAUGAUUGAUGCAAUUUUGGAGGCCAAAGACAAAUUCAAACUUUUUACAAUAAACGCGGUUGUUGAACAAUAUUUGAUUGAGAAAAAAGAUGUGGAUAUUAUGAGGAAAAUUGAUUAUUCGGCAAAGCACAACAUGGAGAAACUAGAUGUGAGUUUUUAUUUAUCGAAAAGAUCCACGUGAAAAUUUUUUUUGAAGUCAAUUAUUUUUUUUUUCAGUGUGAAAUCUUCCUCAAAACUCUCAAAACCGCUAGUCAACUCAAAGAAAUUGCAAGACGCCCAGAAUUUCGAGAAAUCGACAAAAAUGCGCAAUUAUCUGUUUUCCGGGAACUUUUGGACAAAAUUUAA